AUGGCGACGACGCUUCACCAAAACGCCGCCGACCAUAUGGCCGGUAGGCUCGGGUCGGGCAACAUGGAGCAGUGCAUAGCCAUCGACGCCGGGUGCUCCGCACUUAUCGCCGCUAUCGCAAAGACCGUCACCGCCAUCCACGGUCUCAUGCGCGAAGUUCGGGAAUCGCGCGCCGACCUCGAUCCCAUAUCCAGCGAACUCCAUUCCCUCAACGGCAUUCUCGAUAUUCUCAAGGACGACGUCCCGUCUCUUCCUGAACAGCUGGCGCAAAGAACUCCCAAAGUACUCAGCUACUGCCUCACCAUCAUUAACGAACUCCAAGGAUGCAUCUCGAUUUUGGACCGUGUUGGUCUCUCCAGGCAGGACAAGAAGUCGCGAUGGAUGGCUAGUAGGGGACAUAUUGCCAAGUUGCGGUGGACGUUGGAGGUGUACAAGGCCAGCUUGGGACUGGCGGUGGACUUGGUUGCGUUAACUGGUAGCAAACCACCAAGCGAACAAAGUCCGGUUAGGGGAACUUUUAUGGAGGACGCCUUUGGGGUAUCUUACGGCAAGGACGAGUUAGCCGACGUUUUAGCCCAAAUCAGCCGUGUUGCUGCUCGACUCGAAGACGAAUCCCGCCACAACGGCGCUGUUGCAAAGCUUCAACAUUAUCUCGAUGCGCUAUACGGAAAUGCUCUCGCCGCUGUCGACCGCGAGAUGGACCAUUUCGAAGGUCAACGAAAUAGUGCCCACUCCUCGACCGAUAAUGCCCCAGAUAGCGCUAUCGACAUGGGCGAUGACGACCACGCCUUUGUCCAUGCCAAAACAUCGAAUAUCCCGAUACCACAAACCCAUAUCAACAUGACACUGGACGAGUUCGACGAGAUGCUGGAUGAACUAAUGGAGAUGCCGGUUCGACCUCCAACACCACCGCAAAGGUCAGCGAGACGGUCCUCGUCUGCCGCUUCGGUCACUCGCAGUGAAUACCGUCCUAGCAUAUCCGACUCUUAUACUAGCACCCCGUAUGUUGCUGGCACGUUCCUGGAUCUCGAAACCCGAAGCCAAAGCCCGCAUCUUCGAACCCAGAGUGACUCGGCGGCCAUAUCACCUCGACCAGUCUUUAUCAAUCCCUUCCCACACACGAGCGGGGGUCUUAUACCAGGCCGUACCGACGGCCAAAACCGCGAUUCCCUCUGGGAAAACCCUCGCCCAGCGGUACCCGUUCCUCGACCGACCACAUCCAGUUCCAACAUCACGAACUCCCCCAAGCCGAACGUACUACGAAGAAGCAGCUCCCGCCUCUCCUCAGCCCUGAAAGGCCUCAGCUUCAGCCGCCAACGCUCCCACUCAACAGCCAGCACCAGCUCCGCCAAAUCAUCCACCCCAUCCCUAGCGCUAGCCUUCGGCUUAACUAGCACCCCCUUCGCUAACCCCUCCUUCAUGGCCAUGCCUCCCACCCCUACCACCCCCGCUCCCGCUGAAGCCUCCAAACCAGUCUCCAUCAUCCCCUCCGGCGCCAUCUUCGGCGUCUCCCUCGCCGACUCCAUGUCCGUAGCCAAGGGCCUCGCCGGCACCCGCCACGACAGUGGUGGCUCCUCCACGCGCGACUACCCGCUCUGCAUCCUGCGGUGCGUCUACUUCAUCCAAGACCACGGGCUGCGCGCGCCACACAUCUUCGCGCAAGAAGGCGACCUCUACCGCCUGCAACGACUUAAAACCAUCUUCAGCUCGCCCAAGACUGGAUACGGCAAGGUUAUGGACUGGAACCAAUUCACUGUUUACGAAGCCGCCGACCUUAUUCUACUCUUCCUCUCCGAACUUCCACAGCCCUUGGUCCCGGAAUCUGUAGCUAAGCGAUGGAUCUCCAUGUCGCGGCAGGCGACCAUGUCUGGGUCUUCGCGGUUGGAUAAGGGCAUCGACUUUUGGGAGGAGGCGCUGCAGGGGAUCAAGGGACCAAACAGAAGCUUGUUCAAGCUGCUGCUGAACUUGUGGGGUGACGUGGCGGAUAACGUGGACUGGAACGAGAUGCCGGCUGAGAGGCUGGCAGAGAGAAUGAUGCGUCCGCUGAUGCACUUGCCGCAGACGAGGUAUGGGACGGAUUACAUGCUGGGAUUGGCGUUUGUGGUUAGGAAGAGGAGCGAGUAUAAUGCGGGGUUGAAGGGGGAGAGGAGUCGGGCUGCUUUUUGA